UGGGAACAAGAUACCGGAAGUCGACCCAGGCCACGCUAGCGCUGCAGUGCUUGCUCUCUCUCUCUGCUUGGGCUCUCAUGCGCACGCUCCCCGCCCUGACGAUCGCACUGCUCGCGGCCUUCGUCCAUCGGUGCUGCCUGCGCAUGGCCGACCCGUUUGGCGAUGUCGCGGGGCUGCCGAUCGACGAGGCCCGCGCCGCGCUCUUCACCGGCGGCCCAAACGGCUCCGCCUUCCCGGCGGCGCUGGUUGGGGUGUUCGAGUCCAACCGCCGGCUCCGCGGCGCGACGCUCCUCUUCACGGAGGAAGUGGUCGGGAGCGAGUGCGUCGGCGUCGCGCCCAACGGCGACCUCCUCAUGCUCGACCGGAACGGAUUUGUGUUCCGCGCCACGCCGCAGCAGCGCAAGGGCGGCGCCCUGGCGUACGAGCUGUCGAAGGAGCGGCACUACGUCGGCCCAGGCCGGCCGCUCGGCUUCCACGUCGCCGGCGAGUGGCUGUACGUCUGCUGCUCGCUCAAGGGCCUGCUGCGGCUCCACCUCGGCUCGGGCGCAAUCGAGCUGCUCUCGGGCGCAACGGGCUCGCCGCCCUCGCCGCUCGCGUACGCCAACGACCUCGACCUCGACACCUCCGGCGCCGUCUACUUCUCCUCCUCCUCCGACCACCCCGUGGCACUGCACCCGCUGGCCGGCUUCUACGACACGAUGCGCGGCUACCUGCUCACCUCGCUGCACGGCGGCACGACCGGCCGGUUGCUGCGGUACGACCCGGCCUCUCGCCGCACCGCCGUGCUGCUGGAGGGCAUCUCGUACGCGAACGGCGUCGCGCUGUCUGCGGACGGCGCCUGGGUCGCCGUCGUCGAGACGAAUCUCAAUCGCGUCCUCCGCUUUUGGCUCCGCGACGCCGACUGCAGGGGAGGAGGCGGGGGCGGGGGCGGAGGCGCCUGCCCGCGCGCGGGCGACACCGACGUGCUCAUUGACAAGCUGCCAGGCAUCCCCGAUGGCAUCUCCCGCGCGCCCGACGGCGGUUUCUGGCUCGCCCUCGUCGCGCCCCUCUCGCCGCUGCCGAGGCACCUCGCGGCGUGGCCGCGGCUGCGCACGCUGCUCUCGCACCUGCUGCCGUGGGUCGCCCCUUUCGCCGUCGGGUCCUGGGGCGCCGUCGUGAAGCUCGACGAGCGGGGCAGGCCCGUCGAG